CACUGAUGACGUCACAUGCAUGCCGUACAGUUUGCGACGCGCUUGUUGUUCUUCGAGGAGGGCUAAUUUCUCUAUAAAGUCUUAACAGCAAACCCAACUUCACAGCUUUGACAAGAUGUCUUAUCACGACGAGGAGAGCUCGGACAUCGGACCGGUCGGUCAAUCCAAGUUGGAGAGCUUCCUGUUCAGCUGCGAGCUGUCCUCUAAAGUACCUUUCUACACUUUCCAAGGAGACGAAGAGGAGGACCUGGAGCAUUUCCUUGAACUUAGAACAGUGUGUCUGGGAGAAGGCUGCAAAGAGGAGAGCAAUGUGGUGGAGGUAACCGCCAUGAACCACCAAGGAAAGACUAUUUCAGUGCCCAUCGCCAACCUUCACACCAGCUGUCUGCCCAUGGUGAGUCUCGGAGAGUUUGAGCUGAAGGCGCCAGUGACCAUCCGGCUGAAGGCUGGGACAGGACCAGUCACUGUCAGCGGGUUACACCUCAUAGCUCCUCCUUCGGCCUCUUCCAGGAACCAACCCGGCUCGGCAGCUCUAGGCCCUGAUGCCUCCGCCGCCGAACCCAAGCUCCUCGAACCGAGGCAGGCCCACUCCGUGACUCCAGCCAGUGGCUCCCGCAAUUCAAGCCCGGGCUGUUUAGCCUCCUGUACCCCAGAUGAGGUUUCUGAUUCAGUCUGCUCAUCUGAUGAGGAGUGGGCACCACCGCCAAAAAAAGACAGCUCUGAGGACGAAUAUUCCAGCUUUCCCGGAGAUUAUAAGAUGGAGGAUGAGGAUGAUAACCUAAUGGAGACUGAGGGGAUAAAACGGGUCUCCAGCCCGGACUCUUUAGCCUCCUCUACCCCAGAUGAGGUUUCUGAUUCACUCUGCUCAUCUGAUGCAGAGUGGGAACCAUCGGCAAAACAAGACAGCUCUGAGGACGAAUAUUCCAGCUUUCCCGAAGAUUAUAAAAUGGAAGAUGAGGAUGAUAACCUGAUGGAGAUUGAGAGGAUAGAAUGGGUCUCCAAGAACAAGAGCAUCAAGUGGUCACCCUCUGCUGAGCAAAUGUAUCGUUAUGUGCAGGCUCCCACAAAACCUGUCCCAGGGCUGACAAAGUAUGCCAAGAGAAACAUAACGGACCAGCUGACAUCCUGCUUGGAUUUAUUUCUGACGAAUGACAUGAUCCAGCUGAUCCUCAAAAUGACCAACCUGGAAGGCAAGCGGACUGAAAAUCAUUGGAAAGACAUCACUGAGACGGAGCUGAGGGGUUUCCUGGGCCUGCUGCUGCUGGCGGGGGUGUAUCGUUCCCGGGGAGAAAGCACCCACAGCUUGUGGGAGGAGCCGAUAGGCCGGCCGGUGUUUCGUGGUACAAUGUCCCGCAAAAAAUUUGAGCUAAUUGCCACGAAACUCCGGUUUGAUGAUAAACUGACCCGGCGAAAGCGGCUCAGUGACAACAAGCUGGCCGCCAUUUUGCCCCUAUGGGAGCCAUGGGUUCAGCGGCUCUCUCACAUGUUCAAUCCAGGGGCGGACGUUUGUGUCGACGAGCAGCUGGUUGGCUUCAAGGGGCGCUGCAGCUUCAGACAGUACAUGCCCAGCAAACCAGCCAAGUAUGGUAUAAAAAUCUGGACCCUGGCCGACGUGUCAACAUCCUACGCCUGGAACAUGGCCAUCUACAGCGGCAAAGAGGAGGCAUCAAGAGAGGUCGGCCAGGGGAAGAGAGUGGUGCUGCAGAUGACACAGGGGCUGGAGGGACGCACUGUCACCAUUGAUAAUUUUUUCACCAGCUACGAGCUUGGCACGGAGCUCCUGAAAAGAAAAAUGGCCAUGGUCGGCACAGUGCGCAAAGGGAAACCUGAGCUCCCUCCCCAACUUGUCAACGUGUCGGGCAGAGAAGUGCUCUCCAGCAUCUUUGCUCACACAGCGACCCACACUGUGGUGUCGUACGUACCCAAGAAAGGCAAAAACGUGGUGCUGAUGUCUACAAAGCACAGAGAAGCCUCCAUCAGCGAGGAGGUCCACAAGAAGCCAAUGAUCAUUCUCGAUUACAACAAGUCCAAGGGCGGCGUGGACAACUUGGACAAGUGUGUGGGCACUUACAGCUGCCGUCGGAAGACCUCCAGAUGGCCCCUGACGCUGUUUUACAACAUGCUGGAUGUUUCUGCCUACAACUCAUACGUCCUGUGGACCUGCCUGCACCCAAACUGGGAAAUCAAAAAGAAAUACCGCCGCCGCAUCUUCCUGGAGCUGCUAGGGAAGGAGCUGGUGAUCCCUUGCAUCCUCCAGCGUGAGCGGAUUCCCCGCGGGCCGAGUGCCGCUGCUUUCGUUCAAGCAGCCCAGGCAGCCAUGGUGGAGGAGAAGGAAUCAUGCAGCGAGGAUGCCAAGGAGGCCAGAACCUCUGCAGAGGCGCCUCCUCUGUCUCCAGGAGCAAAGUUGACAACACGACGACCUUGUGAAUUGUGCCCAGAGAGCAUGAAGAAGAGCAGGGUGCGCAACGUCUGUGCCAAGUGUGGCAAGUUCCUGUGCAAGGACCACACAUGGAAAGGCUGUGGGACGUGCCUUGCAGGAGGACAGUGACUGAUAGAAGACAGUUUGUCCUAACUGUACAUAGCUAGUUCUUUAGAAAAACAUUUAAAUAAAAAGAAUAAAAAAAACCUGGAGGAAUUGAUCAAAAAUUUAUAUUUUACCAGGGGGAGCGUAGCAUGACAUAUUGUGAUCAUGAGAGGAAAUGAAAGGGCUUUUUAAAAAUCUAACAUCGCACCAAAAAAAACAAAUCAGUGUUGUGGGUUAUGAUUGACCCUCGCCAGACUGAGAUAAUAACAGUAAAAUAGUCUCAUUACCUGUUAGUAUGUUGAAAAUGUUUCACUAGUUAUAUAUAUUUUUUUCCCGACAAAUGCAAAUAGUGGUAUAGGAUACAAACUGACACGUAAAGGUUUAACAUUUGGUUAAAUAAUGAUUUAAAUUAAUUAAACAGUUUAAUAACAAAACAAACAUAAUAAUGAAUAAAAACAAACCUGGAGGAACAGAUAAAACAAAAUAAAGAAAAAUGAAUAUUGAAUAUUUAGGAUGUUUUUUCUUAGCAGCGCUCAAAGGUUGAAUUAGCUCAUCAACAAAAAUUUAAAAUCAUUAAAUCAAUUAAGUUAUUUUUAAGCAAAAAUAUCAGUCUCUGGUUUCAGUAUUUAAAUGUGAGUUAGUAGUUGUUUUUUCUUAGCUCAAGUUAUUUUUCUCAACUUAGACCUUUUUGAAAUCAUUUGGUGGCUGUGGCUCAGAGGUAGAGCGGGUCAUCCACUCAUUGGAAGAUGAGUGUUCGAUCCCCUGCUUCUCCAGUCUGCAUGCCUAAGUAUCCUUGAGCAAGAUACUGAACCCCACAUUGCUCCCGACAGCUGUUCCAUCAGUUUGUGUGUUAAAGCUGGUGGCACCUUGUACGGUAGCCUCGGCCACCAGUGUGUGAAUGGGUGAAUGUGACUCGUAGUUCGUAAGACUAGAAAGUGCUAGUCCAUUACCAUUUACCAACCAGUUAAACAAAAUAAAAUAGUGGGCAGCUGUUGAUCAUUGACGCUGCUGUGUAUGUCGAAAAUGUAAUCCAAUCCAAACCCUGCAUAAUGUUGUAAUACUUGGGCAACAAUUGGAUAACAUUCUUAUGAUUCUGAAAUACUCAGUUACUUUAUUCAGUUUCUCUAUAAUUUAAUCUCACUUACAUGAAAAAGUGAAAUGCAUCUUUGGACCAUCAAAUGUCAGAUUUCUUUGUUGUUAAGAUCCAAGACCUUUGACGCUUUUUAUCCGAUUUCCGGUAAGUGUUUUAUGUGUACGUUGUAAGUUAUUUAAAAAUCUGCCAUGCACAUUUAUCAAUACUUUUAUAAUUAGACACCCUUUGCUCUCAUCACUGGUUGUAAUGAGGGCGUGCAGCUGCAUAUCACU